UUUAGCGAGUUACAUUCUAGACGUCUAAUGAUACGUACCUAAAGAUUUUCGGUAUUAUAGAAACUUUUUAAUUUCAUUACUGACUAAGUAAUUAUAUAAUGAAAACGCAUGAACAUACGAGUAAUAUAAUGCUUCCAUAGUGAAAUUGUGAUGCAAGUGAUGAUUCAAAUGUUCCAGUUAAUCAUUUUAAACUCGUUAAUUUGUUAUAAAAUAAUGUAUAGAUUCGAAAUAUUCUCCGGUGUGCAACGUGUUGUGCAACAUGGCACCAAUCACAGCUCGUAAUUUUAUGAUCUAAACUGAAAAUUUUUAAGGUGGCUAAUUGUCAUCACCUGUAAACAAUUGUCAGCCUGAUUUCCUUCUAAUUUGAGCGAAAACGUUGGAACGAAAAAUUAACUUUUCGAAGUACCGUCAUGUUUUAUAAUUAUCAACUGUGAAUCAAUUUAUCUCAAAAUGGCAGAAAAUCUUUCGAAACGACCAACGAAAGGAAUUUUAAAAUCAUCCAGCAGUUUCGAUAAUCCAGAUAUAUCUAGACCACCUAAAGAAACAAAAUGGGAUGAAAUGAACAUCAUAGCAACAUUGCAUCCAGCAGAAAAAGAUUAUGGUCAUAUGAAAAUUGAUGAACCAAAAACUCCAUAUAACUAUGAAGGCCUGCAAGGUGAAUUUGAAUUCGAUCAAUUAGACUCUAAUGCAGUUGCAGCCAAGUUGGCUGGUAGCAGUAAGCCAAAAAUAUUUGAAGAAUCAAGUGAAGAUGAAGAUGAAAAAGAAACACCUGCAGAGAGGGAAAAAAGGAAAGCAUUUGAAGCAAAAAGAAAACAUCAUUAUCGAGAAUGGCAAGUAGUUCAGGUGCUUCGAAAAGAAUUACUUGAGCAAGACGAGGAUGAAGAGGAUGAAGAUGAUGAAGAGGAGAUGAAGAUAGAAGAAGAACAUGUUGUUAGAUUCAAGUGUAUGCCGUCCUGUGGUAAAACACAACAGAAAUGAUACCGUUAAGGACUACAAAAAAUAAUAUUAUGGUAACUAAAAUAUUGAGGUAAUUUCUCUCAUAUUUUCUGUUGA